GAUGUCGGUGCAACUUAGCGCCUGCGCCCGCGCCAACCUCCGCAGCGGUCUCCUCCCUGCUGCGCCCUGGCGCGGCGGGCGGAGACCGCGGUGCGCCGCAACAGCCGCCGGCCCCGAUGGCAGCUCCUACCUGGACAUGUGGAAGAAGGCCAUGGAGCGCGAGCGCCGGGUCCUGGCGUCACGUCGGAUCGCCGCCGAGGGGGGCGAAGGCGGGAGCGUGGAGCCGUCGCUAGAGGCGAAGACGGAGCACUUCAACAAGCUCCUCCAGGUUCCCACGGAGGAGCGGGACCGGAUCCAGCGGCUCCAGGUCAUCGACCGGGCCGCCGCGGCCAUCGCCGCCGCCCGCGCCCUCCUCGACAAGUCCCCUCCCCCCGCCGCCUCGGAGCCCCCCGACGCGUCUCCGACUCAACAAGGAUUGCAGAAAGAACAUUCAGAGUUCUAUCAAUCAGGAAAUGCACAAAAUGGAUCUCCUGGCCCGGAUUUUUGGUCAUGGUCACCUCCUUCAGACAGCCAGAGAGAACCAAUCGGCGAUGGCACUGGCCUCAAGUCUGCACGGAAACUAAACUCACAACCACAUCCAUCCCAUUCCGUGAUCGAAAAGGAGAAGUCUACAGAGUUUCUAGCAAUCCCUCUAGAGAGCACAUUAUCUGAAGUCAAACACAAUCCUCCUCUUCCUCCACUUCAGUCCCUCGUAGAGGUUGAUAAAGUGGAAACAUGCACGACAGAGGAGCUGUCUACUGCAGCAGAGGAGAAAAAGGUCGAUGAGCUAUUCUCAAGAAAUGCAGCUGAGGCCGCCGAAGCUCUCGGCAAGAGCAAUGAAGAAUCAGAUCAUGGUGUUAAUCCGGAUGGUUCAAAGUGGUGGAGAGAGACAGGAAUAGAACAAAGACCUGAUGGGGUGACUUGCAGGUGGACAUUGACUCGGGGUGUGAGCGCAGACAGAACUGUCGAGUGGGAAGACAAAUUUUGGGAGGCUGCUGAUGAGUAUGAAUACAAAGAGCUCGGUUCGGAGAAGUCUGGACGUGAUGCGUUUGGAAACGUUUGGCGUGAAUUUUGGAAGGAAUCGAUGUGGGAGGACACGAGGAUUGGGCUAAUCCAUAUGGAAAAGACGGCGGACAAAUGGGGGAAGAACGUCGAGGGCGAGGAGUGGCAAGAGAAGUGGUGGGAACACUAUGAUGCUUCCGGGCAAGCUGAAAAAUGGGCCCAUAAGUGGUGCUGCAUCGACCCCAGGACACCAUUGCAAGCUGGCCAUGCUCACGUUUGGCACGAGAGAUGGGGGGAGAAGUACGACGGUAGAGGUGGCAGCAUGAAGUACACGGACAAGUGGGCGGAGCGGUGGGAAGGCGAUGGGUGGUCGAAAUGGGGGGACAAGUGGGACGAGCACUUCCACCGGAACGGCCACGGGGUGAAGCAGGGGGAGACGUGGUGGGAAGGGCGGCACGGGGGGGAGCGGUGGAACCGCACCUGGGGGGAGCAGCACAACGGCACCGGGUGGGUUCACAAGUACGGCAAGAGCAGCAGCGGCGAGCACUGGGACACGCAUGUGCAGCAAGAGACAUGGCGCGAGACGCACCCGCACUACGGCUUCGACCACUGCUUCGAAAACUCCCUGCAGCUCCGCGCGGUUCGCAGACCGCUCGACGACGCACCGUAAACGACAGACCAAAUCGCUCCUUUCUCUUCUUCUUCGUCAUACAAUCAUACAUAUCCAGAGUGAUAACCAUGAUCGGUGUCUCGUGUGUUUGUUUGUCUGUUGUCAUCAGCAAGCAGUCAUAGGGAAGAGACUGGUUACACAUUUUUUUGGUCGAGACGGAUGAUAUACAACUGCAGUUUGAUCGA